AUGGCGGACAUGUCACAAAGCGGAGAAUUGAAUCAGCCCAUCCUCAACCUGACGCCAGAGGAAAAGCGCGUCUUCCAGUAUCUCUUCCAGCAAGCCGACACAGAAAAGCUCGGCGUCAUAACAGGCGAGAUCGCCGUCAAGUUCUUCGAGCGGACCAAAUUAGCACCAGCUGUCCUUGGUGAAAUAUGGCAGAUUGCAGACACGGAAAACCGCGGUCUCUUGACCAUGGCCGGCUUCUGCCAGGUCCUGCGCCUCAUUGGACACUACCAGGCAGGACGAGACCCUACUCCAGAGCUUGCCUUUAGACCCGCCCCCCUGCCAAAGUUUGAGGGUCUAACACCACCAUCGGCUCCUCCCGCCGCCCCUGGCUUCUCCCCACAACCAACCGGCUCCAUCCAGCCUCAAGUGAGUGGCAACGGCCCAAUCCGUGUCCCUCCGCUAGUCCCUGCCAAAGCCGCCGAGUACGCAGGCUUGUUUGAGAAGUCUGGUGCAGUCAAUGGCAUCCUUUCAGGCGAAAACGCAAAAGAAAUCUUUGAGAAGGCGCGGUUACCAAAUGAAGUUCUUGGUCGGAUAUGGAACCUUUCAGACACGGAGCAGCGCGGAGCCCUCAAUGUUACAGAGUUCAUCAUCGCUAUGCACCUACUCGCAUCGUAUCGCACAGGAAAUAUGAAGGCCCUCCCAAACACGCUGCCUCCGGGCCUGUAUGAAGCCGCUUCUCGACGUGGAGGACUUCCGCCGCCACCAGGACGUCCAGACCAGAGCAUGGCUAUCCCACGUCAAUUCAGCGGCCAGCAGUCUGCACCACGGCAGCCAAGCCCACUCGGCCGGCAACCCUUUGGAGCGGCUCCCCCGCCCGCACCGCCUGCUGGAAACGACUGGCUAAUCAGCCCGCAAGAGAAGGCAUCGUAUGACAACUUGUUCAAGGGUGUAGAUACCAUGGGCCGCGGCUUCAUCACCGGAGACCAGGCAGUACGCUUCUUCAGUGACUCGGGUCUGCCCGAGGAUGUUCUUGCAGGUAUAUGGGAUCUUGCAGACAUCAACUCCGAAGGACAGCUAUCCAAGGACGAGUUCGCAGUAGCCAUGUACCUUAUUCGGCAGCAACGGAAGGGAGAUCAACUCCCUACAACUUUGCCGCCCAAUUUGAUUCCACCAAGCCUGCGCACCCCCGCGAACCAAGCUGCACAGAUUCCCCUACCCCAAGUGGCACCCCCACCUCCACCUCCCCCUGCUCCCAAAUCUGCUGCUGAUGAUCUCUUCGGUCUGGACGCCUUCACAGCGCCGGUUCCUGCUCCUCCUCAGCAGCCACAAUCAACCGGCGGAUCAGCUACAUUCAGCAAGCCUUUUGAGAGCGAUCCUUUUGGCAGCAAAGCCGCUUCACCAACUUCCCCGCAUCACUUCCAGCCUCAGCCGCGAAACCCAGCCUCCACCUUUAAGCCGUUCAUGCCAAGCUCUUCUUUUGGUCAAACACUAACGGCACAUUCCACGGGCCAGUCUGGAAUCUCUGGCGCGCCGCAACACUCGACGCCGUCUGUUAUGGACGAUUUGUUAGGUGGAGAGGCCGAUCCUGAGAUCAACAAGAAGUUGACGCAAGAUUCCACUGACUUGGCCAACAUGUCUAACCAAAUGACCACCCUACGCAACCAGAUGCAAGAGGUCCAGAACAAGAAGACUGCGACUGAAAGCGAUCUCAACAGUGUCAACACUCAGAAGCGUGACCUUGAACUUCGUCUCUCACAGUUUAAGACGCAGUAUGACCAAGAAGUCAAGACAGUCAAAGCUUUGGAGGAUCGUCUAGCCAGCUCUCGCAAUGAGACUCGAAAGCUACAGCAGGAUCUUGCGAUGAUUGAAGCAUCCUACCAGGAUCUUCAAAACCAGCACCGUCAAGUCGGAGGUCAACUGGAGGCUGAUCAGCGCGAGAACAACAGCUUGAAAGAACGCAUUCGUCAGCUCAACGCCGAGAUUGCGCAGCUUCGCCCCCAGCUUGACAAGAUGAGGAACGACGCCCGGCAACAAAAGGGCAUGGUAGCGAUCAACAAGAAGCAGUUGGCCACUAACGAGAGCGAGCGCGACAAGAUCAAGAAUGAAAUGAGUGAUUUGAGCAGGUCCCAGGACGAGACCUCCCGCGGCUCGCCAAUCCAGUCACCCGCCGUCGUCAGCCCUGCAGCUUCCACAACAAGCCAGAGCACCAACCCCUUCUUCCGAAAGUCGCCUCAGCCCGCUGAGAACACCAUGUCACCCUCUGGCUUUGCUCGUGAGGGACCUCACAAAGACUUUGAUAGUGUGUUCGGUUCAUUCGGUACUCCUCAGAGCAGUGCACCUCCAGUAUCGUUCCGUCCUGACAACCAGAGUCUCGGACCUAGCUUCUCUGCUCCAUCGGGUCAGUCAGUACGCUCUUCUGAGGGUCCCGACGUUCCCACGCCCUCCACAUCGCCUCCUCUGUCUUCUUACCAGGAAUCUCCCCGUGUUGCCGAUCCACCAGCCCCUCCUGAGUCACGUCAGUUUGGCUCUGCAUUCUUGCCAUUGAGAGAAGGCGCGCCACGGUCGGACUCUUUCAGCUCCUCUGUGCGUGCGCCUGCCUCUGCCAGCAGAUAUGGCCACCAUGCUCCUGGAAAUGAGACACCUACUAUCUCACAGGCUUCACCCGCUGGUACUCCGAUUGCUGAGAAGCCCACUGUUGAGCGUACCGAUACCAACAGGACAGAAACCGACAACUUUAACCCAGCUCUGUUUAACCGCACUUUCUCGGCUUCUCCAGUAACCAGUGUUACCAGCGAUACUCAGCGCUCAAUUGCCAAGGCUGAAGAUCGGAAGGACACUUUCAACUUUGGAACACAAGAUCUUCCCGGAGCGUUUCCACGGGACUCUGGCACACCGCUGCAACAGAACAAGACUGGUGAGAGCAGUAUGAGUGCUCCACAGAGAACCAACAACACCGACCCCUUUGGCAGCACCUCUGGUGAACAGCCACGGGGAGGCAAGGACGACUUUGACGCGGCUUUUGCAGGCUUCGGCCCUAGCCGUCAGACCGCCGCUACCGCUUCAAACGCAAGUGCACCAACAGGCGAUUCUAACAGAUUUAACAAGGAGUUCCCGCCCAUUGAGGAUCUUGCACAUGACGACGACAGCGACAGCAACGAUGGAAGAGGAUUUGAUGACAACUUCACAUCCGCAUCGCCAAACCAGAAGCGUACCAGCUUUGGACCGGAGCACCGCUCUCAACAACAGCAACGUCCUGGCACUGCCUCAAGCGACGAGCUUUACCGAGCUCCACCUCCGACUACUCGCCUAGACUCCAACCUUAGCGGCUUGCCCUCUCCUGGUGCGCAAAAGUCACCACCUACAUAUGAUUCCGCUGUGAACACGACAAGAAGUGGGUCGAACCAGUUCCCCCCUGAAUUUGGUGGUCUUCUUCCUGCUCGUGAGAACCCAACGUCUACUGGUUCUCCUGACACCGCACAGGGCCCUGAAAGGUCAUUCAACCCACCAGGUGGCCAUGGAGCUGCUCUCUUUGGUGGCCCGUCCAAGUCUGCCACAACUUCACCAGCUCCUCUCGAUACUCCUGUUUCAACUGUUCCUUCCGACCAGUAUCACUCUGCCUUGACAUAUGGUGCCAACGAGAACAACAAGGGCCCAUCGCCAUCCAGCAAUGUUCCUCAGCUCGGAAAAUCUGCCUUCAACGACGACUUUGACGCUGGCUUUGACGAUCUUGCCGAUGCCAAGGAAGAUGACAAGGUUGAUGAUGACUUUAUGUUCUCUUCACAGCAUCGUGAGGGACUUGAUGAGUUCAACCCUGUCUUUGAUUCGCCAGCAGCCUCCAAGUCGAAUACCAUGGCUUCGCAGCAAACACCCACGGGCAAGCCUCGUGGAGAUGACAGCUUCAGCGACUUCGAACACCUAUCUCAGACCUUUGGUGGACAAUCCCAGCAGCCUCAGCCGGGCUCCUCAUCCCAGGAUUGGGACGCCAUUUUCUCCAACCUCGAAUCUUCGCAGACUGACAAGGGCGCGCACUCGCAACAAGCCUCAACCGACUUUGGCAAGUCAGUCUUUGAUACGCUCGACAAGGAGGAGGCUGCCGCCUCGACGUCCAAGUCGCAGCAAUUGUCACCUCAAAUGCCUCCACUUGGCCGUGCCGUCAGCACUGGAACCGAACACGACGACCCUAUUCUCAAGAAGCUGACCGGUAUGGGCUACGCACGCAACGACGCUCUUUCUGCGCUCGAGAAGUUCGACUAUGACAUCAACAAGGCUGCUGACCACUUGGCCUCUGGUGGAAACUAA